UUCUUCGGCUUUGCGCUACUUCGAGGGGGAGCAUUUCCUCAACCGAAGAAAGGCGUUGGCCGGUUUAAUGCGCCACACGACUUACAUCUCGCCUUGAAAGUGUCUCUCUCAGGGCUGUGAGUCAGAAAACGGCGAUCCUAUCCCUUCCUGUACAAAGCGGGAGUACCUCAUUUAGUGCUCCCAUCAUGUAUUGAAGGGCUAAGGCUAGGGUUUGUAGGAAUCCCAUUUCUUUGCGAAUAUUUCCAUAAAAGCGAAUUAGGGUUUUCAGCGGGCAUUCGUUACCGGAAGGAUCAGAGAUGGACGGUUCGGAUCCGAACGACCAUCGGACGUUUAGGGUAAAUUUCAGUGGCGAUGGGGCGGCAAGGCUGCGGGAAAGAGUGAAAGAAAAGCUGAAGGAGUACAUGGGGGAUUACACGGACGACACUCUCGUGGAAUAUGUGAUCGUCUUACUUAGAAAUGGCAGGCACAAAGAAGAGGCAGAGAGAGAGCUGAAUGUGUUUUUGGGGGAUGACAAUGCUUCUUUUGUCUCUUGGCUGUGGGAUCAUCUAUCUUCAAGUUUGCAUCUAUACGUGCAAACUCAGGAAUCCUUUCCAGAUGAAGUGAUUAAGACAAAACCCCAGCUGGACAAACAGAGUGGAAGAAACAACACACAGCCAGAGCAUCUGAGCAGCACCUUUCACUCGGAUUCUGAGCAUGACAAGGAAAAAUCUCUCAAGGAAUCUAGAAUCCGACGGAAUAGGGAAUGGAAAGGACUGGUUAGAGAUGUUGCUGAACCCCCUCCUCUGCAAAGCACUGAGAUCGAUAAAUUUCAAUCAGAGGAGAAAAUCCGUCGAUUGCCUGGUCGGAUGCAACGAUCUCGUUCUCCCAGACCUGUGCACAAGAAACGGAGCCGACAAGAUGAGAGACAACCAAUGAAGGUCAGUGCCAUUGAUGCCCCUCGCCGGUUGCUUCAGUUUGCUGUGCGAGAUGCUGUAGGGACUCCACGAACUAUAAGCUCGAGACCAGAACCAGCACUGAAGCGUCUCCGCUCAGUGGUUUCUACCUCAACAGGAGAUUCAUUGUUGGAUGAUCGAUCUCAGAGGACAAGGUCAGUCACAAGAAUGCCCCAUCCUGCGGCAACAGCAAUCAAAGCUGCAGCAGAAGCUGCUGAAGAUGUUGUUAAGUUUAGAUGUGCCGGAAACGUGUUCGACAGAUUGGGUCGUGGCAUGGCCAUAUCUGAAGCUACCAGCCAACCAUUAGAGCUCAGAGAGCCCACUCAUGAAGAUGCUGAGUAUGAGCAUUUCGACCAGAUGCCUGGUGUCACACAUGCUGAAUAUUUGCAAAGAAGUGAGUACAGUGGUGGAUUUGAAGGGGAUACAACAAUGAUUGACAGGAACACUGGAUUGGCUUCUGAUUCUGCGUCAGAUAAUGACGGAUAUGAUGACCCUGGCAUUGUAAGAGGCAGGGUAAUAGAUGCUUCUCAGAGUGCUUCAUCUGGACAGAAGGAUGGGAAUUCGCUGAUGGUACAAUACAGUGUAGCGAAGAAUGUAGAUGAAGUUGCAAGAAAAGCAAGGAUGAAGGAUCAUCAGCAGACAGCUGCAGCAACAUCAGCAAACGCAUCUCGGAAAAUUGUGAAUAUUUCCGUGAAUGUCAAUACAUGGAAACCAUCACAUUACCAGGCACCAAGGGAGGUUACUGAAGUGGAUAGUCGGACAGCUGUGCAGGAUAGUGAAGCUGUUGCAAGCAAGCCUGGUGUUCGGCUCGUGAAGGAGAGCAAUAUGGUCGUGCCUGGUAAUGAUAACGAAUUGGCACGUGCAGAUACUCAAAAAGAGGUUCAGAAGGCUGUGCAGUUGACGCCUGGUUCAUAUUCUACCGUUCGUCCUUCCGAGGAUGUGGAUUCGCGGACUGUCUUUGUUAGCAAUGUUCACUUUGCCGCCACCAAAGACAGUCUUUCUCGGCAUUUCAAUAAAUUCGGAGAUGUGCUAAAAGUGAUUAUUGUGACUGAUGCCGCAACCGGGCAACCAAAGGGGUCGGCUUAUAUUGAGUUCAUGCGCAAGGAAGCAGCAGAGCAUGCAUUAUCACUGAAUGGAACAUCAUUCAUGUCACGCAUUCUUAAGGUUGUCCGGAGAGCCUCUGCUCACCACGAAGUUUCUCCUGUGAUGGCUUGGCCCCGUGUGGCUCGGGCCUCUCCCUUUGCAGCCAGGCUCGCCAGAGCAUCAUUCGUGAGGGGCAAUCCAAAUGCAUUCAGGGCCCGCCUCCCAAUCAAACAGGGUGCUCGGAGCUUACAGUGGAAACGAGAUGCCCCAAGCAACCCUACCAUUCCUCUGACUGGUGAUGGUGCUGCAAACCUGCAGAAUGGAGCUACAAACUCAGCCAACAGUGUCCCUUCCCCAACUGGACGGAACCUCACCUACAUUCGGACCGAGCCAAAGCAAGGCGUGAAUGCAGGCCCCACUUAGUUGGCUUGAUUUGAUGUUUUGAAUAUCCUAGAAAGGGUAGUUGAUGCCAUGGUGGGUGGGCAUUGAGAGGUUGGGUCUCUCCAAAAGGAAGCGUCUCAAGGUGUGGGUUAUGGAUGAAUAGCUUCUUUUGGAAUUGGGUUCAUGCCCCUAGUUCAUUGAGAGAUGGCGCGGCUUGCAACAUGGAGGUCUUGGUCUUGAGUUCGAGCCCAGCUUACCCUCUCUU